AUGGAGACCCCUUGGCUGGAAGAGGCUGCAGCCUGCCCCAUGCUAAGUAAGAAGUACGGACCCGUGUUCACCGUGUACCUGGGACCCUGGCGGCGUGUGGUGGUCCUGGUUGGGCACAAGGCUGUGCGGGAGGCCUUGGGAGGUCAGGCUGAGGAGUUCAGCGGGCGGGGAACCUUGGCGAUGCUGGACCGGACUUUUGAUGGCCACGGGGUUUUCUUCUCCAACGGGGAGCGGUGGAGGCAGCUGAGAAAAUUCACCAUGCUUGCUCUGCGGGACCUGGGCAUGGGGAAGCGAGAAGGCGAGAAGCUGAUCCAGGCGGAGGCCCGGUGUCUGGUGGAAGCAUUCCAGGGGAAAGAAGGACGCCCAUUUGAUCCUUCCCUGCUGCUGGCCCAGGCCACCUCCAACAUAGUCUGCACCCUCAUCUUUGGCCUCCGCUUCGCAUACGAGGAUGAGGAGUUCCAGGCUGUAGUCCGGGCAGCUGGUGGUACCGUGGUGGGGAUCAGCUCCCCGUGGGGUCAGGCCUAUGAGAUGUUCUCCAGAUUUCUGCAGCCCCUGCCAGGGCCCCACACCCAGUUCCUCCGCCAUGUGAGCACCCUCGCUGCCUUCACUGUCCAGCAGGUGGAGCAGCACCAGGGGAGUCUGGACGCCUCAGGCCCUGCACGGGACUUGGUGGAUGCCUUCCUGCUGAAGAUGGCACAGGAACAACAAACCCCAAACACAGAAUUCACCGAGAAGAACUUGCUGAUGACAGUCAUUUAUCUGCUGUUUGCCGGGACAGUGACAGUCAGCGCCACGGUCCGCUACACCCUCCUGCUCCUGAUGAAAUAUCCUCAGGUCCAAAAGCGUGUGCACGAGGAGCUGGCACAGGAGCUGGAGGCCGGCCGGGCAGCAAGCCUGGGGGACCGUGUCCGCCUCCCAUACACCGACGCAGUGCUGCACGAGGCGCAGCGGCUGCUGGCGCUGGUGCCCAUGGGAGUGCCCCGUGCCCUCAUGCGGACCACCUGCUUCCGAGGGUACACCCUGCCCCAGGGCACUGAGGUUUUCCCCCUUCUUGGCUCCAUCCUACAUGACCCUGAGAUCUUCGAACAGCCAGAGGAGUUCAACCCAGGCCGUUUCCUGGAUGCUGAUGGACGCUUCAAGAAGAAUGAGGCGUUCCUGCCCUUCUCCCUAGGGAAGCGUGUCUGCCUUGGGGAGGGCCUGGCGAGAGCCGAGAUCUUCCUCCUCUUCACUGCCAUCCUGCAGGCCUUCUCCCUGGAGAGCCCAUGCCCACCGGGCGCCCUGAGCCUCCAACCCGCCGUCAGUGGCCUUUUCAACAUCCCCCCAGCCUUCCAGAUGCAAGUCCGGCCUGCUGACCUCCACCCCAUCACACAAACCAGAUGAAAGAAGGACGCUUGGAGGU